GUCGCCAUAGUUGGCCAAAGCUGCAUGGGCUGAAGAUAGAACAUGAUCAGAGUGGCCUUCGGCCGAUAAGGAGAAAAGGGAAAGUUGCUGCGGAAACUUUCCGCAGGAGGUACGGUGAGGAUUUUAUUCAUUUUUGUGAAAGUCAUAAAGUCGAUUGUAUCAAGUCCUCUUAGGGUAUUAUGCUUGAUCUUGCUCGUUAGGGCAAAGAGUGUCAGGCAUAGGUCGAGAACUGUUGGAUUAAACUGUUAGUUACCCCAGGCCAAGCAGACGGGAUAAGCACUGGGGAACGUGCUCUCCACAUGGGGCAAAUCCCUAGCUUGUUGGUUAACGUACUCCGUAGCUAAGUUAACUAGUAACCUUGACCAGAAAACGGGCUAGACCCAAUCGACGUGUUUGUCAUGCCGCUUUGAGACCUAGCUCAUGUAAUCUGAUAGUAAUGUGGAUCCGAGACUUACCAGGCUUGAGACAAGAUGUCGCUCUCGGCUCUAACGGAGAAGCGGAUGCAAUUCAUUGGGAGAUAAAGCCGACAAAGGCCUUUCGACAUCCGUCGAGCGAUUGUCAACCUGGCAAAAGCGUGGCGAUAUCUAGCAUUAUCAUCAAAACUUUGCAUUGCCGACAAAAUACCAGUCAUGGCGUCGGCUCGGCAUCAAUUCCGUCAGCUUCUGUGGACGUCGAGAAUUACCAAUUCCGUGCAUUUUCGCCGCAUGGCAGGACAGGUCCCUUGAAUUUGUGGUUAUGGAACAGGAUGACUGAGACACGCCGAAGAAAAUGUGACGAGCGUGACCCGAGUGUCGAGCAUAAAGGAAAGCACCGUCAACUCAUAACCAGAACUCAUUCUGAUGCGAGUAUAUUUUCCUAACGAAUUCCAACGACACAUUUCGCAGCCUGGUAGUUUUGGCCACUAAAUAAUAGCAGAAUCAGCAGUUUUAACGCUCUCCCAAUUUGCAAACACAGAAAGCAAUCCAACAAUAUCUGACCCUUCGCGUGACAGGGAAAACAUGCAACAUGAACGACAGCAAACACAAGACGUUCCCCGUCCCAGGCAUGAAGCGUUGUCAUCCGCACUAGCCGGAGGCGAUGAGGAGAACCAGUUAGAGAACCAGCUAUCCCAGACAAUAUCUGGCACGUUAUCAUUUCCUGAAGGAGGUCCGGCCGCCUGGCUUGUUGUCUUUUCGUCCUUUUGCUUGAUCGCCGCGAGUUUUGGAAUGGCUAAUUCCAUGGGGAUUUUUCAAUCGUACUGGCAACUGAAUCAACUCUCUGCCUACAGCUCGCAGGCAAUUGGAUGGAUAUCCUCGACCCAAGUAUUCUUAACCCUCUUCCUCGGCGUGCAGGUCGGGCCGCUUUUCGAUCGAUAUGGGCCCAGGAUAUUAACACUCGUGGGUUCAGUGGGAUGUGUCGGGUAUGUGCUAUUAUUGGGGGAAUGCACAAAGUAUUGGCACUUCAUGCUUUGCUUUGGAGUGUUGGCCGGAAUUAGCUGUGCGAUCCUCACUACCGUUGCGCUUUCAGUGAUCUCCCACUGGUUUGAAGCGAGAAGAGGCUUAGCAACUGGAGUUGCGUUCAUGGGCACAAGCUUAGCGGGGAUAUCGUUUCCUUUAGCGCUGAAUCCCAUAUUAAAUCAUUUUUCGUGGGCUUGGUCAAUGCGGUUGUUGGCGCUUGUCAUAUUUGUCCUUGUGUUCCUAGGCAAUCUGUUCAUUCGAGGCCGGCUCCCAACUGGGAAGCAAAAAGGAGUCGUCAGUUUGAAAUGCUUUCAGGAUCCAAAAUUCACCUGGGCCACUGUUGGAAUCUCGUGUUUCGAGUUUGUGCUCUACUCCACGUUUGGACUGCUCCCUACUUACGCCCUUGAACAAGGGUUUGGGCAGCGGACGAGUUUUAACUCGAUUGCGAUACUAAAUGCCGGCUCAGCAAUUGGGCGAUUCACAGCUGGGUUCAUUGCAGACAGCUAUGGUCGGUACAAUAGCAUGUUACUCUCCAUUUUGAUCUCUGUAUUUGCUACGUUAGCGCUCUGGUUGCCUGUGGGCCAUAAUGUUGCUUUAUUUUAUGUCAUGGUGCCUGUGUUUGGUUUCGGCUCUGGGAGUGUCGUGAGCCUCGCUCCAGUGUGCAUAGGACAGCUCUGCAAAGCAAGUGAGUACGGUCAAUGGUUUGGCACAAGUUAUAGCAUGGUGGCCCUCGCUACUCUAAUCUCUAUUCCAAUCACAGCCGAACUCCAAUCAAGAGCGGGAACAACGGCGUUUGUUGCUUUCUCCGGAGGGGUGUUGGUUCUCGCGCUGGUUUCUUUUUUAAUGGCGAGAUGGGCCUGCCUUGAUUACAGGUGGAAAGGGAGAGUGAAAAUAUGAAAGUGUCAAAAGAUGAAACGCAAGACAAUGCAGUACCGUGUGAAAUCAAUACCGCGACUAAGGGUUUGGCCAUAAUUGGAAUUCCAUCCGCAGCUCUCGUACGCGGUGUGGAUCGCAGUUAGGUUUUCCCGACAUCACACCGCACAAGUUGGUUUAUAGCAUUGUUGCCAUAAAAGUCGGCGAAAAGUGAAAAAUAGCGAUUCUAUCAGGGAGGUUGAAGUGUUUCGCAAAUGUUUGGCGAUCGGUGAGGUCGGGAUGGCCUCUGAGAGAGAGUAGUCGGACCACAGUCCUUCUGAUUCCCAGUCGUUGUGCCCGGGGAUUCUCCGCCGCCGGAUUGAUUUCGAUUGCCCGAUGGACGCACCGGCGAACCUAGCACUAGAUGACGGACCGAGAUUCGAGUAUGCUACAUUUUUUGCAUCCGGAUACCACCCGGCAGCUGAAAUUGGACACAUCCUUCAUGCCAGAUCAUUGAGAACUUCACUUGCCUGGACCGAAGUUCACCUGGUACAGCCAUUUUGUCUCAAACGAGCCCCUUGAAGCCAGUCCAACGAUGUCAAUGUGUCACGUCGGCGGAAACAAUAUCCUCGGCUGAGCAACCAAUGACCCGAGGUGUGAUUACGUGCUUGACUAGAUAUUUGGCCUGUAUGUAGUUAACGGUGUCAGAAGAUUCACACUUGUUCAAUAUACAGUGGAAGCUGACGGCAAUGCUGAGCACAUUUCAUUUCUAUGAAGAUUGAAAAUCAACAAUCCUAUUAUCAUUUCUUGUUAG